AUGUUGGAUAACAAGCGCUUGUUCUGGUUCUGGUUUAAUAUUUGUGAACUUUGUCAAUUGUGUGGCUACAUCCGAGAGAUCAAAGAUGAUAGGGAGCUCCGCGAAUGCGAAGAUCUCUUCGCAGAUCACGUCGCUUUUGGUUUUGAAGCCACACCCAGAGGGGGAUUCUUAGCCGAGACCUUCCGAGAUUUCUCCGUCGCACUCCCCAAAUUUAUUUUCGGCGUAUUAUUUCUGGAGUAUUCGCAUCGGAUACUCUACUCUUCACCUCCAGUUGCAAGAUUUGUUUUCAACGUUGUCAAACUUGCUGCUCUAUUGAUCGGCUAUAGACUGCUGCUAAUUGCAAUAAGAUUGCUGCUGAUGAUAUGCCUGUUGGAUUGGCCCCCAGAUUGCUGCUGAUUAGUUGUCUCAGACUACUGCUGAUUGGAAUAAGAUUUUGCUCCGAGCAUCAUUCUUGACCAACAUUUGUUUUGC